AUGGCAACGUUAAACAGUGCGUUAUUGAAGGAGAUAGAGGGCAUAGACUUUUACAAACAGUUCUUUUUGGCCGGAAUUUACGAAGAUGGUCGAGAAACGGACUCAGAACGCCCAUACCUGGUUCGAGUUGGACUUGACGAGAAUGCAGCAGGUUCAUCAUAUGUUCAGUAUCAAGGAUGCACAUUAUCUUGCACGGUGAUUCCAAAAGCCGGCUACUACGACCCGCUACAGUGCGUGAGGUUCAAGUUUGAGAAGAGUAACGUCGUGGAUAAGGUAAUUUAUUUGCUUUUUUGUUGGAAUUUUAGGCUACUAGUGAUGGGGAAGUUAGAAGAGAUGUUUAUCUUGUUUUUGAAAUGGUUUUUGGUUGUUUUAAGACUUAAAACUUAAAGUUAUAGCUUGAUAUUGUUUAUGACACCUCAAAAUUGAAAGAUUAAAAUGUUCUUACAAAUUGUUUAUUUCAGCGAGAAUUUGAGUUUUGUUGUGCAGUACUACAAGAUUUUUCACGAAAGCACGUGCUUGUGGAUCCCAGAUCGCUAACUUUUGACGGUGAAUAUCAGUAUCAGCUGGUAGUGAACAUCAAUAUCAAUACUUGUGACGGAUUCCUGCUUGGAGCGGUGUUACUGGGAGUUCAGACUGCUUUAGCUAAUAUUAAAUUACCUACAGCAUCUGUGGAUUCGACGAAUGUUGAGGAUUUGGAGGAGAAAUUCAAACAAGGAGCUGUUGUUAAGGAGAAGUCGAGAUUUAUUUUUGAUUCUGAUAAGUUAUUCCAAGUUAGGCUUAGGAAUAGGCUUUCUUACACUGGGCUGUUGUUGUUCAAGGACGAGGAAGAUGAUGAGGUAGGUCUUUUGGUUUUUAUCUUGGUUUUUAGGUUAACCUUGGAUUAGACGGGAUUGGGAAUAUACUUUUAUAUAAUUUGGAUGUUUUCUAUCACUCCAUCUUACCGGGUUCAGUUUAAAAAGCUAAACAACGUUUCAUUUUAGCCUAUUUUCUUAACCGACCCAACAACAGACUGUGUAGCACGCGUCAACACACGAUUUGAUAUUAUAGUAGCUGAAAAUGGUAAAAUUUUCCUGUGGCAAAGUGGAGUAUCGCCUGAUAUUACUAAAGAGCUGCGAAAAGCAGCUUAUGACAAAGCCUUGGAGAAUGCGAAGAAGGUUUUUGAGGUCAUGAACACGGUUCAGGAGCAUGGCCGGACACAGAGUGAAGAUAUGGAGUAG